AUGGAUCAUGAUGAUCUUGCCCGCGAGCUUGUGAACCCUACUCCUGGAGACAUCCUCGCUGCCUACGUCUUUGAAGAGGAUGUGGUUGAGCUCGGAUGGGAGCACUACAUCCAAGGCAACCACCUCGCGAUUAUGCCCUAUGCUGAGCCGAUCUUGGAGCAAAUUAACCCAAGCGACCUCCAGUUGACCAUCGCGACUGUGGAUGGCACCGGCGGCGCUGUCGAGGUCGCCGUUGUUGAGCGUCGCUCGCGCUCCUUCUCGAUGAACUUCAUGGCGUACGAUGCGCAGAAGCAAUGCUGGGCCUUCAAGGGUGAAAUGCGCCUUCUGAAGCAUUUCCUCGGCAUCAUGAGCGCCUACUUUCGCCUGGGACGCGUGGACAAGGCGCUCGUCCGUUCUCGCAACCUCUUCCAGCCCCUGUGCGGCCUCAACGACGGACUCACCCGCGGCGAAUACGAGGACAAGAUCAAGAUUGGCGACUGCGUCCUCUUCCUCGCGGAUCGCGAGAGUAAGUGCCUUCUCUGA